AUGCAGAACACUCACGAAGAGACCAUGUCAAGUACGUGGCUCGAGGACUCCCAGACCACCGUGAACAAUGAGCAACACCUGGUCAAGGACUACCAAGCCAUGACCGUGAAUGAUGAACUUCACCCGUCCGAAACUUCGACGUCCUCGAUGUUUCCUCCGGAGCUGGAUGUUGCUGGAUCUGGAUCAGGACAUGCCUCUCCACCUCCAACCAUACGCUAUAGCAAGUCCGCUGCUUCCUACCCGAUAUUGAUCGCGGACACGACUUCUAUAACCGUCAGUCAAUUGACUCAGGUCGAGCAAUGGCUAUUUGACCGGCUCCCGACGACCAGGCAUCCUCAGGAGCUUGCCCGUCACUUGCUUCAUAACGAUGGUCAGCAGAUGACCUCCGAGGACGUGAUGAUGCUUUACCGCAUUGCGUACUGGAAAUCCAAGCCGUGGGAAGACAUCGAUACUGUCUCCCUCACCAGACUUGUCAAAGAGGACAUGGAUCAGAUCUGGGAUCGAGUGGCAACUAAAAUGCAGGAUGCUGGUCGACCUCAGUGGCCACCUUCAGAGCUUAAGGCGCGGUACUUCAGUACUGGUCCAGUAAUCAACAGUCACGCAAUGCUGUCAUAG